UGAAUCUUUCCUGGGCAAAGGUCAAUUACACUGUUCCAAAUUGAUACUCGGUUGCUCCCUCGCGUGCCUUUUUUCAGGAAGGCAGCUUUUCUCCAAGUCGCCUCAUCUGCUUGUUUCUGUAAGAGUGAGUAGACUUCACCGUCCGCCCAGAAUUGGCUCCUUAGCAAGCAAAACAUGAUGAUGGUUAGAGCGCCCAGACACUUCGUCUUCUUGCACGUUGCUCUGUGCUUCUCUCUCCCUACUGUGCACGCGGAGCAAGAGCUGCAUGCGAAGUGCACGGUGACGAACCAACACGGCCAUUUCUGGACCAGCUUCCGGCACGCUCCCCUGAUGUCCGCCCUGCCUUCCGCCUGGGUGCCGAUGCCACCGGAUAUUCCGGAGAAAAACAUCCAACCGCCCAACCACGCGCUGCCGGUGGAGCGCGUCCCGGUCGGGUUUUCGGACUCGAUUCACAGCAACGAAAUCGCGGAUUUGUAUGACGUUCUGUUUGAGUACAACCGCCUGUGGGCGAAGCAGCGGUGGAUGGGAACGAUCACCAUGCAGAACCCCAUGGACGCGUGGGUGAUUCAGGAACUCCUUUUCGACUGCAAACCCGAUGUGAUCAUUGAAACCGGGACCAUGAACGGCGGCGGGGCAUUGUUCUACGCAAGUCUGAUGCGAAUGUACAGCACUUUUCAACAACAUCUCGUCGAGGAUGAAGAAUCUGAUUUAACGACACCGCAAAUGAACACUAGAACGAAUAAGAAACCAUUCGUACCGCAAGUCAUCACCAUCGGCAACCUUCCACUCGACGACCAAAGUUACGGGUGGCACUGGGAUACCAGCUACUGCAGCUUGGAAACAAACGCAUGCCGCAACGCGACCAGCAACCCACUGUGGAAACAGCAGGUGACUUUCAUUCGAGGUGACGCGGUGUCGGAGGAGGUAUUCGAAAAGGUGAAAGACAAACUCUCAGAAAUCGCCUGUAUGAAAAAGGCGUCGAGGGUGGAACGAGUUUCUCAUGCAGGAAAGGAAGAGGAUGAAAGUGAAAGAGAAUCGAAAGGCAAAGCUACAACUGCUCCCACACCCUCAUCGUCAGAGGACUUGAAGAUCAUGGUCGUUUUGGAUUCCACGCACCAUUACGCGCACGUAAGGAAAGAACUCGCUUUGUACAGUAGGUUUGUCACUCCAGAUCAGUACUUAUUGGUCCAAGACACACACUUAGAUAAACUACGGAACCUCCGCAACCCAGAAUCGAACUGGGAGGGCGCGUUUGCGGCGAUUAGGGAAUGGUUUGAAUACUCUAGUUACGCGAAAGAGGAAUUCAAAGUGGACCAGAGAAGGGAAUACUUCAUCUACACGCAACACAAAAAUGGGUAUUUGAAAAGAAUAAGAUUGAUUGCUGCUGCAGAUGAGAUGGAAAGAACCCAGUA